UGCACUGCACGUGGCAAAGAAAACGUAAACAAUCAAGUUAUUGUAUGUACGUGUUCGUCUUCAGCAAGAUGGACACUAGCAUCGGAGAUCAGAAUAGCUAAUUCUUACAGUAGAUGUUACCAGUGCAAAAUGAUGAGGAAAAGAUAUCCAAGUGACACUUCGUGGGGAUGCAACAAGAAACAUUUAGCAAUUUUCAUGAUUAUUCUCAUGUUGCUCUUUGGAAUAAGUUCCCCGCUGUGGAAUCUAUUUGCCAGGGUGUCCCAUGAUGGAUCAAAACCUUACCAGGUGCACAUUUCGCUGGGCGACACUUUGUCUGAGAUGACAGUGAUGUGGGCUACAGUUGCAGAAGGGGAGGCUGGGGUACUGUAUGGCAAAAGUUCCCAGCUGGAUAUGGUUGCCUUGGGUGAAAGCAAGAAAUUUGUGAAAACCAACGAAGAGGGGAUGCAUAACAUCCACAGAGUUCAGUUACGAAACCUGGAAUUGGAUACUGUUUAUUAUUAUAAAGUGAGAACGGGAAGGUAUUCCAGCAGGACCUUUUCUUUUAGAACUCUGUCAGAAGAUUCUAACUGGACUCCUGAAGUGAUAAUUCUGGCUGACAUGGGCAGCAGUUCCAAAAGUAUCAGAUCAGUCCAGACCCAAGUUCAAAGAGGGAAUAUCACAGCUGUAUUCCAUGUUGGAGACUUUGCAUACAAUCUCAAUAGCAAUGGUGGAGAAAGGGGAGACGAAUUUCUCAACCGCAUUGAAGGUAUUGCAUCCCGUACUCCUUACAUGACAUGUCCAGGGGAUCACGAGGCCUUUGAUAAAUUCAUGCACUACAUGUACCGCUUUUCAAUGCCUCAUUCCCCCUGGCCUAUUCCCCUGGAUAAACUUUGGUAUAGCAUCAACAUUGGGCAGGCCCAUUUUGUCUUCUAUUCCACUACUCUGUAUCAGUCCAACCCAGAGGUUGCCAAGAUCCAGAAUGACUGGCUAUUUAAAGACCUAUCCCAAGCUAAUAAAGAGAGAACUCUACGCCCGUGGAUUGUUGUACUAGGCCAUAAACCACUGUAUUGUUCUAAGUCAGUUAAGUUCACCCAGGAAUGCAACAGCAAGGACUCUGUCAUAAGAGAGAAUGUGGAAAGAAUGUUUUAUGAUUUUAAAGUGAAUUUGAUAUUUUCUGGACAUGUGCAUGCUUAUGAGCGGUACUACCCCCUUUAUGAAAAUGUAGUCAUGCAGAGGAAUUAUAUAAAUCCAGUUGCCCCUGUAAGUAUUAUAACAGCAUUAACAGGGAUAUCAGUCGUCCCGGAGAGUUAUGACGAAGAAAACCCUAGGACUGCAUACAGAAUGGCAAGUGAAAAUCGAGAGGCAUUUGGAAAGUUGAAAAUUAUCAAUUCAACACAUCUCUCCUGGGAAGUUGUGUAUUCAGACACCUUGCAAAGUUUGGAUAAAAUGUUAAUGGUUCAAACAAAAUUACCAAUUGUUACAGAGGAAACCAUUUCUAGAUUAAAAUCUUACAUGAAAGAUAGAAUUUUAGCUGAUGCUAAAUGGGUUCUUACUGAAAAGAUUCAUUCCACAUUGUAUCUAAUUUUGUACCUUUUUGGUCUUUCAGCAAUUCCAACUUUUUUAAUAGUUCUUUUCAAGUUUUUGAGAAAAUGAUAAGAAUUUAUCAAAAUAGCUUUUGGAAAAUUGGUAGGUUUAUUUUGGGAUCAAUUUUCUUUUAAUUGUAAGUGAAAGAAAUUGUAUAAUUGGCAUCUAUGGAUGGGCUUUAGGUGUUGGUGGGGGGGGGGGGCUGAAAACAAAUAACAACGAUGAAAAGAAUACUCAUACUGCUCAAGUUUUAAUUUAAAAAAGCUCUCAAUUUUGCCGCUUGUAUUCAGAAUUCUGCUCAACUUGGACUUGAAUUAUCUUUAUACUAAUUUUAGAUUACAGGAAGAAAAAUUGAAGAGGGUAUUUUUUGAGAAAUGCCAUUUGUUUCAGCAUGUAUCACUUCAGGGAUCAUCAAGAAUAUUUCCUCAAGUUGUGCAUUAUUACAAAUUAUACAAAAAUUUGGAUUUGGUUAUUUCUGUAGUUCAUUUUUUGUUGGCUUGUAAUUAGAUACUAGGAUAUUGUUAUAGUAAUAUAAUACUAAUAAUUUAAUUAUCUUUUAAAAUCUACUA